CGGCGAUCGAUCGCGGCUCUUUUGUCUUCUCCGUGUUUUUUUUUUGCCUACAUCUCUAGCUCUGAGAUUCCGCAGAGAUUGUGUUGCAUUCAAAUCUUGGGAAGUACAAAGUCUUGCUCACGUACCGAGUCACACUACUUUUUUCUGUAGUAGAACUAGCUCUUUGGACCGACGCACCAAUCCUGGAGAGAGAAACAAAUUGGUCCUGUGCCCGAUCUUGUCCCGACUCCAGGAUUGCUGGUGUGAUUUCUGCUGAUGGCCGACUCGCCCUCUGCGGAGGAAAUUGCUGUACAAUUGCUGGCGUCUGGUAACACAGGGGUGGUGGCAGAUGAGGACGGGUGGCCGGAUCUACAUGCUGCCAUUGCUACCACAACUGCGUGUGCUCGGGGCCAUAGCAGGAGUAACCGCAGCUCAGAUGCCAUUGCCUCAGCUCUGAUUGAGCGCAGUGUUCAACAACACAUGGACUCUCCUCUGACGAUUGCUGUCACUGCUACGCGUGGUGCUGCGUCUGACGUUGACAUGGCAACAGAGCCUGUUUGUGCUCUUGAAACCCACCACACACCUGCAACAGCAGGGGCAGCAAUGGUGUCCGUAGGAGGAUCUAAUGCAGCUGGUAUUGCAUCAAGCCUGUCUAGUGUCAUGUCGGCUGUAACCGUGGUGAACCCUUUAGGGACGCCUAGUCGAGCUGCCUCGUCCACCACUCAGUCCAUUACGCCAGUUAGUGCUUUAUCUUUUGCAGCAUCUGACUCCUCACCAGCAUCAGCUCUGAUGAAUGCCGUGCAUGAGGAGCUCCGGUCUCUGGCCCGACAUUUAACAAGCCCUGAACCUAAUGUUCAGCAGGUUCAAAGCCUGAAGGACAUUCUCUCGGAAGCCCUUCGUAGACAGGGGGAUCUAGCCAGCGGCCCGGCUGCCUCCCGUCGUUUAGCUAGUAACCUGGCGUCGGUUGCAGCAACACAUUGUGUGCACAUGAUGACAAAUAAUGGCCUUCCGUCUCCCGCCGGUGCGAGUACGUCACAAACACCUGGUCCUGCCUCCACGCCGGUCUCCAUUGUCAGUGCCUCCAUACCGUUCACUUCAGGUUCUUCAAACGCAACUGACCACCGCAACGCGCUAGCAACAUCCAGUAAAUCACGGAGUAGCACUCGAACGCCAGUGCGAACCAACACCGGUGGUCGCGUUCCACAUGGCACUCGGGCGACGGAUGAAGCACAAGAGCUCUACCUGAAAUCAGAUCCCAUGCUGAUGCGCGUAGAGGCAGAUAGCCAUUCGGUGGACAAGUCUCCCGUUUGGCGUUAUCGCUGUCGACAGUGUCAUGUCUUGUUUGAUCACCGGCGUGAAUUGGAGGCUCACUUCUCCGAGCACCGUACUCUGACCAAAUCUUGGAUCUGCCAUGUGUGCGGCAAGACAUUCACCCGUGCUGAUCACCUCAAUCGCCAUAGCCAAUCGCACGAUCUGCCAGAGUUCAUAUGCCAGAUCUGUGGUUGUGCUUUCUCUCGUUGCUCAUUCUUGGACCGGCACUGGCGGUUGGCCCAUGGCGAUGUGACCGCCAUACCAUCUGUUGUCCAGCAUGCCGCUGCCAACAAGCGAUCGGCAGAUGGUGUUUCCGACCAGCCACCUGCUAAGCAGAAGCGUGUUAUGCACAGCGAGACGGCCAUUGGCAUAAGUGGAGAUGUCAGGUCCACUCCACCACCAUCGUCCGCAAAUGACACCUCUGCUGUAUCUCUGACGAGUCCAACAACCGCUGCUGCUGCUGCAGUAACAGCAUCCGAACAGUUAGCUGACUUAGAAGUAAGGGCAGCUGCUCUAGCUGAAGCAAUGACGGCACCGUCCCCAUCAGGCGCUUUUUCCAGCACUUCCAAAGCUGCAAGCCAGUCAUCACCGAGCGCUGGUGUGAAGCAGCAGCAGCAGAAACCUGGUCAUCCGUGUCCACUCUGUGACAAGGUGUUUGUGCGCUUUGACCAUAUGCUGCGACACAAGCGCGUGCACACAGGGGAGAAGCCGUUCUUCUGUGCUUUGUGUGCCAAGCGGUACUCUCGUGCAGAUUACCUGAGAGAGCACAUCAUCUCUCAGCACAACACGACCAACGUCAAGUGUAAAGUCUGUCACCACGUCUUCCCCUAUGUAACCUUGUACCGCAGUCAUGUGUGUGGUCACGGCGAGGUGUUGCGCAACUGGUAUAUGCAGGGUGAGUUCCUUGACCAACGCGGCAAUGUCAUUCAGCCUUGUUUGGUGAUUGGCAAAAGCGGGCCUGGUGCCAACAGCAAUCCCAACUUUCAGGAGCUCGUCAAGGACAGCGACGGUAUGCCCCAUGUUGAUGCUCCGCCCGACCAUGGCAUCUUGCCGUCAGACUUUGUACCGACCGCAACUAUUGCAACCAGCUCUGGGGUUGGUGGUAACACUGUGACGCUUUGCCCACUGCCUGUUGUGUCAGCAGUACCUGGCUCGGACAUAUCUCUACUUGGCUCUGUGGCCAAUGCCAAUGCUGCCUCAGUGCUAGCAGCAGCAGCUGAGGACAACGCUGACGAGACCACCACCGUUCACGUUGAAAUGGAGUGAUACUUCACUGAUACUCUCUCUAUCUCCACAUCCCGCAUGCUGUCAUGCAAGUGAGUGUAUUUCUAUCUGUACGCACUCUUUUCAAUCGCUGUCGUAUAAGUCAAUGCCUGCUGCAUUUUGUUCGCUCAGGGAAAUCCAAGUCUGAGCUGUUUUUGUUUCGUCCCUUGUGUAGACUUUCUUUUCAUUGUCACUCCCUGCCCCACUAUUCAUGAUAUUAUCAACUGUUUUAGGUACCUAUUGUGUAGUCGCUCGCUCCCGUGCUGCAUGCACCAACAACAUAGUAUAACAUUAGUGUCUUUAUUAAGUCUAUUCUUUUAUGUGCCAUGCUACUCUUUGCUGGCCAGACUUGUGCCCUGCAUACAACCAUCCUUGCUUUCGAUUUCUCAUCCUUCUCAAAUCUAUCAGUCUACGCAUAGUCUGUAGAUCUGGUAAACUGCUGUAUCCAUAAAAAAAGUAGUACCGCUUAUAACACUGCUGCUGCCUCUACCAAGGCGUUGCUGUUUUCGCGCACAAAGAAAGAACCUCUUGGCUGCAGCCAUUGUUCAUUUUGUUUGCUUGAAGUAAUAGUGUUUUGUCUAGUGUUUUGUCUAUCAUUGCCAUACCAGUGUCUUGCAUUUUUUGCAUCUUUUUCUGUGGCAUUUUGCUUGUUGAUCAACCUAGGUCCUUCUAACCACAUGCAUGCGCUGCAGCCAUCCAUGGCAGUCAUGCUGGAACCAGGUGUUUUUUUUUAUUUUCAAUGUUUCCCAGGCUUCUCAAGCGUGUUUGUUUGUUUUUAUUGUUCCUUGUUAUGAUUGUAAUGGUGGUCGCCUGGCCUGUGCUCAGUGUUGUUAGUUACGAGUUGUAUACUGUGUUUCUGUGUGUGUCUGUCUGUGCUGUUGGGUCAGAGUUUCUAUUUUCAAGUCAAGAGUACUAUGAAAACUCUUGCUACUACCAAGAGUAUGCAUGUAUAUAAUAAUGUACUCUUGAUACAACCCAUGCAUGCAACUGCAAAAGCGGGCCUGGUGCCAACAGCAAUCCCAACUUUCAGGAGCUCCUCAAGGACAGCGACGGUAUGCCCCAUGUUGAUGCUCCGCCCGACCAUGGCAUCUUGCCGUCAGACUUUGUACCGACCGCAACUAUUGCAACCAGCUCUGGGGUUGGUGGUAACACUGUGACGCUUUGCCCACUGCCUGUUGUGUCAGCAGUACCUGGCUCGGACAUAUCUCUACUUGGCUCUGUGGCCAAUGCCAAUGCUGCCUCAGUGCUAGCAGCAGCAGCUGAGGACAACGCUGACGAGACCACCACCGUUCACGUUGAAAUGGAGUGAUACUUCACUGAUACUCUCUCUAUCUCCACAUCCCGCAUGCUGUCAUGCAAGUGAGUGUAUUUCUAUCUGUACGCACUCUUUUCAAUCGCUGUCGUAUAAGUCAAUGCCUGCUGCAUUUUGUUCGCUCAGGGAAAUCCAAGUCUGAGCUGUUUUUGUUUCGUCCCUUGUGUAGACUUUCUUUUCAUUGUCACUCCCUGCCCCACUAUUCAUGAUAUUAUCAACUGUUUUAGGUACCUAUUGUGUAGUCGCUCGCUCCCGUGCUGCAUGCACCAACAACAUAGUAUAACAUUAGUGUCUUUAUUAAGUCUAUUCUUUUAUGUGCCAUGCUACUCUUUGCUGGCCAGACUUGUGCCCUGCAUACAACCAUCCUUGCUUUCGAUUUCUCAUCCUUCUCAAAUCUAUCAGUCUACGCAUAGUCUGUAGAUCUGGUAAACUGCUGUAUCCAUAAAAAAAGUAGUACCGCUUAUAACACUGCUGCUGCCUCUACCAAGGCGUUGCUGUUUUCGCGCACAAAGAAAGAACCUCUUGGCUGCAGCCAUUGUUCAUUUUGUUUGCUUGAAGUAAUAGUGUUUUGUCUAGUGUUUUGUCUAUGAUUGCCAUACCAGUGUCUUGCAUUUUUUGCAUCUUUUUCUGUGGCAUUUUGCUUGUUGAUCAACCUAGGUCCUUCUAACCACAUGCAUGCGCUGCAGCCAUCCAUGGCAGUCAUGCUGGAACCAGGUGUUUUUUUUUAUUUUCAAUGUUUCCCAGGCUUCUCAAGCGUGUUUGUUUGUUUUUAUUGUUCCUUGUUAUGAUUGUAAUGGUGGUCGCCUGGCCUGUGCUCAG